AUGGCAAACACAACGAACCCACCAGAAUCCUAUGAAGCCCUUCCUUUCAAGACCAUAUCUAUUUCCCAUGUUCCAGAGUUCUCGCCCACCGUUACCAAAGUAGUCGUCCUGAAACUCAAUCGCCCACGCCAAUUCAACGCCGUAACGGCGCAGAUGAUCGAUGAGAUAAUCGCAGCAUACCAAUACUUCGAUGCCGAUGAUCGCGUCAAAGCAAUAGUUGUAACAGGAUCAGGGCCAGCAUUCUGCGCGGGCGCCGAUCUCCGAGUCGGGUUUUCUACACUGAUUGAUGACCUGAGGAAGGAUCCCUCCAAGAUCGAGUCCUACAGAGACGGAGGUGGGCGAGUCGCCCUAGCAAUCCACAAGUGCUCCAAGCCCACCAUAAUGGCCAUCAACGGCCCCGCAGCAGGAUUCGGAAUCACCCUAACACUACCCGCAACAAUCCGAGUAGCCUGCGCGAGCUCCAAAGUCAGUUUCGCUUUCUCGCGACGUGGGCUAGCAAUGGAGGCCUGUAGUUCCUAUUUCCUACCGAAGCUGGUGGGAAUGUCGCGUGCACUGCACCUGGUGACGACUGGUGCAACUUAUACCGCGGCUGACCCGUUGCUGAGCAACCUUUUCUCGGAGAUAUUGCCGACUCCGGAGGAGACUGUUGCAUCGGCGCUUAGAAUCGCGGGGGAGAUUGCCGCAAGCACAUCUACAGUGAGUACGAGGGUGAUGCGCGAUUUGAUGUAUAGGGCUCCCGGGAGCGCGGAAGAGGCCCAUUUGUUGGAAUCGAAGGUGUUUCUCGGUAUGUUGAUGUCCCGGGAUAGUGCAGAGGGUAUGAAGAGUUUUGUGCAGAAGAGGGAUCCCGAGUUUAAGGGAAUUAUGCCUCGUGAUGCGCCUGUUGGUUGGCCGUGGUGGGCAGCUGUCGAUGUGGCUUCGAAGGCUAAGCUGUAG